AUCCUAUCCGCCAACGCGAAUGCAGACAUUUCCCCUGUUGGGUCAUCAAAAACAAUCCCUUCUAAGCUAACCCAUUUCCCCUUUUUUCCUUCUUCUUCUUCUUCUUCUCAAUCUCAAAUAAACACUCUCUCAAAUGGGUGUUUUAUCUUCCCCUUCUGUAAGCCACUCUCCAAUGCCUCGUCCUCGUAAUGUUGGCUCCCUUUCUCUUCUUGGGUUCUCCUCACUUUCCCUUAAACCUCCUGCCUUCUCUAAUGGCGCCAAGAAAUUUCAUGGGUUUGGCCUCAUAAGAGCCUCUGUUGCCGUGGAGCAGCAGACAGAGAAGACCAAGGUCGCUCUCGUCAGAAUUGGCACCAGAGGAAGCCCAUUAGCACUUGCCCAGGCUCAUGAGACGAGAGACAAACUCAUGGCCUCCCAUCCCGAGCUAGCCGAAGAUGGGGCCAUUCAGAUUGUUGUAAUCAAAACAACUGGUGACAAAAUACUCUCUCAGCCACUUGCAGACAUUGGUGGGAAAGGCUUAUUUACUAAAGAGAUUGAUGAUGCACUUAUUAAUGGUGACAUCGACAUUGCUGUUCACUCAAUGAAAGAUGUACCGACUUACUUACCUGAAAAGACCAUCCUUCCAUGUAAUCUUCCAAGGGAGGAUGUCCGCGAUGCCUUCAUUUCUCUAAGUGCAGGUUCACUCGCUGAGCUUCCAGCUGGAAGCAUCAUUGGGACAGCUUCACUGAGAAGAAAGUCUCAGCUACUGAAUAGAUAUCCAUCCCUCAAAGUGCUGGAGAAUUUUCGUGGCAAUGUCCAAACAAGGUUGAGAAAACUGAAUGAAGGUGUGGUCCAAGCAACACUGUUGGCUCUAGCUGGACUUCGGCGUUUAAAUAUGACAGAAAACGUUACUUCGAUCCUUUCAAUUGAUGAAAUGCUUCCAGCUGUUGCUCAGGGAGCUAUUGGGAUUGCUUGUCGAACCGAUGAUGACAAAAUGGCCAAUUACUUAGCCUCAUUAAACCAUGAGGAAACAAGACUGGCUGUUGUUUGUGAGAGAGCUUUCCUUGAGACUCUUGAUGGAUCUUGCCGAACUCCAAUCGCAGGAUAUGCUUCCAGAGAUGAAGAUGGCAAUUGUAUAUUUAAAGGGUUGGUGGCUUCCCCAGAUGGAACACGAGUUCUUGAAACUUCUAGACGAGGUCCAUACGCUAUUGACGAUAUGAUUGCAAUGGGGAAGGAUGCUGGCAAGGAGCUUCUUUCUCGAGCAGGUCCCGGUUUCUUCGAUAGCUAGUUAGUUUUCUUAGAAUUUAGGAUAAGGCCAGCGAGAAAAGAUCAAGGCUUCAUAUCCAAAUUUUCAAGUGAGUAUUUAUUCAUCCUUUGAGAUGAAGCUUGUAUUUUAAAUAUGAAUUUUUUUCCCACCCCUUUGUUUCCUUUUAAUUGGUUGUGUAAAUUAGAACAGAAAUCAUUUAGACUUUCUUGGCUUCCGCGAAUAAUCAAUACAAUUUUCCCCCUCAUUUGUGGCUUUCCAA